UAUGAUACGGACAGCCGGCCUCCAUAGCUCUACGUACAAGGUUCCGUAAAAUAGCCGACUGAACAAAUCAGGGAAAUCAACUUUUCGACGGCGAGGAUUGAAUUCGAGACGCAAUCUCUCCUCUCCAUCCUCCCGUAUUGUUUGUUCAUCUGUCAGCUGCUGCUUCAAUCGUUUCAUCAAUCAUGUGUUGCGGUAACCAGAGGCCUUAUUCAGACGAUGACCUGAUCCGGUCCCGGAAUCGUUCUCCUGAGACGGAACCGGCGAUUGUCGAUGACCUGAGAGACCGAUUGGCCGAAACGGAGGCGCGUCUGGAGAGGGCAAGGGCUCGAGAGGCCGAACUCAGCCAUCGGCUCGAAGAGAUGAAGCGAUUCGUCUCCGUCAUGGAGAUCCUCGAGACCUAUCUCAAGAGACGCUUCCGCGAGCAGCAAGAGAACGUUGUUCGUAUCCUAUCUCCAUUAUCCAAAUAGCAAUUCACCAAAAAAGGGAAUCUUUUAACCUAUUUGGAAUAUGGUUUUUUAGCCUGCUGCAAUCUAUCAAUUAAACAUUCAGAACUGUUACAUAUAUGAACAACAUUUAAAUGCAGGCAGGAUGGAUAGAAUAUUGAUUCCAAAUAAGGCUGGUUUGUCUAUAGUGUAUUCCUUUUUAAAUAUUUAGGGCUGUUUAAAGCUUGGGAUUAUGGUUUCUUUUACCUGUAGAUUUUAUGUUUAUGAAUAUGAAUUAAUGUACUGGUUCU